AUGAAGGAGCCUCUCGACUCCAACCGUGUCAAUUUCUUAAUCUGGAGGUAUCUCAUAGAAGGCAACUAUCGAGAGACGGCGGUCAAAUUCCAAAAGGAGUGGCACAUUGAAGAACCGCACCGGCAGCUCGAGUUUGCGCGUCACGUCAAGAGUCACGCACUAGUCAACACAUUAAACCGGGGCCUGCUCUACAAUGCAUUGGAGAGGGAAUUCGCCAAGUCGCAGCAGGUGCCUCAAAAUGCAGCGGCAGUGGCCGAGGGGGUGCAGCUAGGAGUGUUUGGUCCUCUGAUGGCAAACGCUGCAGCAGCAACUGCGGCACCUCUGCCUCCAGCCGACGAGGAGCAUGAUUCGGAGGAGGACGCAGAAGGAGAGCCAGAUAUCGAAAAUCCCCGAAAACGUCCAGUCGACAACAGGCCACAGCAGCCGCAGCUUAAUGGAUCCCCGGCGGCCAAGCGGCCUCGUCUGAGCAAUGGCUAUGAAACCCAAAAUGGGCCAAAUGGGGUGGAUGCAGCCACAACACCCAUGGAACUUGACGGGCAGAGCCACCACGGCGACAACCACGCCUACCCGUCCCCCCUGGAAGGCGAGCAAGCUCCGACGCCGACGCCUCGGACUGAUGGCCCAGAGCAGGGCACGCAGGUCGAUAAAGUUGAGGAACUUGCGCCCGAAACCACCUUUAUUCCUCUUGGCUCCGACGAUGCACAACAAAUCUCGUCGCCAAUUGGAACGUCGACGUCGAGAAUCAACAGUGAGACGGCGCCCGUCCUGCUGCAUUGCCAAUGGAGUCCCCGAGAUCCCACAAUCUUGGCGGCUGCUGGCACCGAUGCGCUAGCCCGCGUUUGGACUGUCUCGCGUGCAAGCUCAACGACCGCCGACCUGGACCCUGCUCCUGGUCACGUGAACGGCGUCGUCGUCCCACCUUUCCACAGCCUCAUUGAGGAUGACAUAGCGCCCAAGGCGACGGUGACGGCCAUGGCCUGGAACUGGGAUGGGUCCGCAAUCGCCGUAGCCACUGACUCAGAAACGAGGGCUCGCAUCAGCCUAUGGAGUGCCGACGGCAGUCAUCUCCAUCACUUUGAAGUUCCAGAGCCGCCCAUCAUCAAAAUACGGUGGAACCCCAACAACGCCGCCAUCCUGGCGAUAGCGCCCGACAAUGGAGGUACACUUGUGACUGUCUACCACGCAACAACGUCGAACUCCAUGUCAUAUUUCCUUCCACGCCAUGAUAUUGAAGCCGAUCCCCUGGACGCCGCCUGGAUCAGCGAAACUGAAUUCUUGUUAUGUGGUGGCGAGUUGCUAGUUUCAUUGAGCUGUAUAGAUGGGAACAUCAUCGAAACCAGGAAAUUGGAAACACACGAAGGCGACAGCUUGACGCAAGUUCAAUUUGACUGGCGCUCAUCAAUGGCCGCAACGUGUGGAGAAAAGGGCUACGUCGAUAUCUGGGAUGCUUCGGGGAAGCGACGUGAAAUCAAGGCGCACGACGAUGCUGUCACCGCAUUGGCAUGGCAGCCGUUACAGUCCGAACCGGCACCCGACGAGCGUCUACUUGCGUCAGGCGGCGAAGACGGGGCAAUUUUCAUCUGGAAUGCCCGAUCUUCUGAUGGCAAACCUAAAUGCUCCAUGACUAUGGGACCCCCAAUUGUGGCCUUGGCGUUCACGCCUGACGGAGCCUUCAUCGCUGGUGCGACAAACGAGCGGAUUCUCAUCUGGAAAGUCGGCGACCACAGCAUCCCACGAGCCAGUUGGAGUCGUAUGCCUCAUCCCGGGUGGCUCAGCCCUCGAAUGAAUGCCGAGUCGGACGAAGAAGACGAACAUUGCCUUUGUUGGGACUCGACAGGGCAGAAACUGGCAUACGGUGUAAAUAGUCGAUUGGCUGUUAUAAACUUCCGAUGA